AUGAGCGGCGAGUCACGCCAGGGGAAAGAGCCAUCUAUGAGCGCCACAGGCGACAAAACCUCGAAUGAGUCAACAUCUCAGUCUCGCGGUGAGCUGUUGACAAGCAUGGGAACAGUCAAAGUUGGGAUGGAGGCAAUGAGAAUGGCACGGAAAAUCCUCUUAAAAGCGACAGAAAUCAACCUGCUCGUCAGAACAUGUGAGAAAGAUGGUUUCAUGCCCAUGGUCGAAAUCGACUCCCCUCGUUAUGGGCGUGUCUUGUGCGAACAGGUGAUUAAGAGAGACGUGGCCACAGACAAGGACAAAUUGGUGUAUUUAUCGGUAUUUUUGGCGGAAGAAGGCUACUUGUUCCCUUGCUUCAAGUACAGAAUCCACGAUCAUGUGAAGCACAGCAUGGACAUUGCCAGAAAGCAUGGUAAAGGAAUGUUUCGACUCCCAGACGAGAUCAGGCAGCCAGGAUUUUUGCCUUGGGACAUCAAGGACGGGAACACUGCCAGCGAACCCGUUCAGAUUCGAAAUGUCAACAUCGACCAAUCCGAGGCCCUCUGGUUCGGCAAAGCAGGCACAGACUUGACAGGGAACAGCAGCAACAGAUACUAUGUCGAACUGGCUGAAUCGAAGGAGUGGCUCGAGGCCAGCUGA